UUUUACAUAUUAAACUAUUUAAUCUAUUGAUAUACAAGAAUACAAUUUUUCUACAGCUCACCAAUGAACGUUAGUUACUGUUUGUAAAGUACUUUAAUUCAAGACUAGAUCACUGGAAGAGUAAAUUAAUUUAUUCGCAAGUUUUAAGUUUUGGUUGUUUAUUUUCGUGAUUUCUACAUUAAUGGAUCAAAUACAGGCAACAACGAAUCUACCUCACAUAGUUCAAGUAUAUCCGUCUGUAUCUAUCCAUCCAUCGUUGCAAACGGGACAAGGGAAGGUCACAUACCAACAAACAAUAACAUCGGAAUCCUUACAUAUACCGGUUUCGUCAGUACAACAUGAGAUAACGAACCAUCAGAUACUGCAGAAUCAAACGAUGAUGUCGUGUCAGCAAAUACAUUUGCAGGGUAUGCAGCAAUUGCCACAGAUAAUACAAAAUGAUAUGAACUCAAUGCAGAUAACUUCACAUGUGAUAUUACCGCAAGUGCCAGUAUACAAGCAGCAUGUUCUUACAAAUGGUGUUCAACAAUCAUUCUACGGCCAGUAUGAAGCAUACAUUAAGGACCAAAACUGUGUUAUCACUAAAGUAGAAGUUGAAGUGCCAAUUAUAAAUGAGAAUACUGAGUGCAAAGAAAGUCAAGCAGUUAAGGAAGAGACUGUAAAGAAAAAAUCACGUAGCAUAGUCCCGAACCCUAGUAAAUGGGCUUGUAAUGUCCGCAAAUUAAAACAUGAAAAAGGUGAAGCUUAUAUCAGUAGAAGAGGUAAAUAUGUCCCAGAGAGGUGCGUUAAAAAUACAAAAGAUUGCUUAAAAUCAUGUAAAUUUAAAUGCAACGAAAGAAUCAAUGAUGUCGACCGACAACAUUUAUUUAAAGCAUUUUAUUCGCUAAAUACGAAUGAAAAGAAACAUUUUUUGUUAAAUACAACAGAAAGGAAUAAUGUCAAACAUAGUAAAUCUAUAGACACGAAACGCAAGUAUUAUUUUAAAUAUUUCUUCCUAGUUAGAGGUGUUAGGUAUACGGUUUGCAAAGAUUUCUACUUAGGUACUUUAGCUAUAUCUCAAAAGCGUGUAUAUAAUGUGCAUUCCGGUAAAAGUGACAUGAAUUUACCAAAACCUGACGGAAGAGGUCUAUCGGAAGCAAGUGCCCAUUCUUUACCUUCGGAAAUAAAGGAUAGAGUUAGAAAUCAUAUAUUGUCAUUUAGUACAGUCGAUGGAAAACCAAUUAAACAGUUUUCAAGAAAGAAACAGUAUCUAGAUUCCAGUUUAAGUAUAAAACAAAUGUAUACAUUGUAUUUUAAUCAGAAUAAAGAUGUUGUUUCGGUGAAAGAAUCGAUGUAUAGAAAAAUAUUUAAACAAGAAUUUAAUUUACAUUUCAAAAAGGAUAAAAAUCAACUUUGCUGUAGAUGUAAAGGGCCUAUUAAAAAGUAAAUUAAAAAUAAAUUGAGAUUUUAUAUUUAUUGAUGCAUGCUUAUAAUUCUCUAGUCAAUAUUUAGGAAU